CAACCUUUCCUCCCCACUUGGAUCGACAUGUCUACCAAAAGCAUCACCACAUCGAUUUCCUCGUUAACGCGCCUAUCGUCUACAGUUGCGCUUAAUCCAGUCGCAGUUGCGACACUAUUGUGGGCACUCACAAAAGGACCAGCGGGCUUUCGCUAUCGUCUAAUCGACACCUUCAAGUCGCUCCGGGACCCAACUGUUUAUGCCCGUAUCGUAAGAGCUCUCAAGUGGAUUCUGGCCAUCAGAGUGGCUGGAAUCGCCAACGCCGCGCUCAACAGAUUUGCAUUGAAUUCUUGGAGGCUGAACAACGAAAAGAGGCGAUGGAAUUUCCCCAAAGAAGUAGCAGUGAUCACAGGAGGUUGCUCUGGAAUCGGGGCAUUGGUGGCAAAGAGGUUGAUCAACAAAGGCAUCAAAGUUGCGAUACUCGACAUUCAACAGCUACCACCUGAACUGCAAGGGUAUGCUAAUAUCCGGUUUUUCGCGUGCGACAUUACAAAACCUUCAGACGUCAAGUCUGCCGCCGCCUUGGUAAAACAAUCACUUGGUGCACCAUCGAUCCUCAUAAACAACGCUGGAAUCGCCCAACUGAAGACUGUAAUGGAGACUGAUCCUCAAUUCCUGAAAAAAAUCAUGGACGUCAACGUGUUGAGCCAUUACUACACUGUUCAGGCAUUUCUCCCAGACAUGAUCGAAAAUAACAAAGGCCAUAUAAUGUCCAUCGCGAGCCUUGCUUCUUAUCUUGGAAUUGGAGGCAUUACUUCCUACUGCGCAACAAAAGCAGCUGUGCUUGCGUUUCAUGAAGGUCUUAGUCACGAAAUUCGAAUCAAGCACAAGGCGCCCAAUGUCCUGGUACGUAUUAUCGUACUGCUCAUUGUCGAUUUGCGCACAUGCGUAGCUUAG